GGGGACAAAGUGGUCGCCGCGCUGCGCGCUCGUCCCAGGCCUUGGCCUCGCUCCCGGGUGGGCGGACUCCGCGGCGCUCUCUCGAGUUCCCGGAUCCUCGCCCCUCCGUGGGCGCCCGGAGCGAGUCUCGGAGACCUCUGACCCGCGGGGCCGCGUCCCGCCCCCCGCAGUCCAGGAGCCUGGCCCUCUGGUCAGUGCCCCGCCCAUGGACACCUCCACCCCAGGAUCCCUGCGGUUUCCUGGACAGUUUCCUGGUGGCCCAGCUCACCAAACUCUCGUAUUUAGGGGAAAGUGGUUUUGUCACUGUUUGCACACGAGGUGCCUCUUUCCUUGUGUAACUGUGUUAACAGUCGUGUGACCCCCGCAACACAAUGACUAGCCGAGGUAAUAAAUCAUCAUAAGUCAAGAUGUCUUCAGCACCUGAGCCUCCAACCUUUGAAAAGGGACCUCCCAAAGAGAAAGACUUUCGAAACCCAGGGCUCAGAGGGGUCCGCACGACAACCUUAUUUCGAGCUGUGAAUCCAGAGCUCUUCAUUAAACCUAACAAACCUGUAAUGGCCUUCGGAUUGAUAACCCUUUCGCUUUGCGUGGCUUAUAUUGGUUAUCUUCAUGCAACACAGGAGAAUAAAAAGGACCUCUAUGAAGCUAUCGAUAGUGAGGGACACAGUUAUAUGAGGAGGAAAACAUCUAAAUGGGAUUAAUAGUGCUGGUUACCACAGAUGAAAUCUUAUUAAGGCCUCCAAAAUCUUCUAAUGAAAGACUUUAUAGAGUGCACGAUAUUGUGUUUCUUGUUCAAGAAUAUGUUAAUAAGAAAAGAAAAUAGCAGUUGCGACCAGGCCACUGUAGUAAAUUUUGUCCUUUCAAAGCCGCAGCCAUCCUCUCUCUUUUUUCACAGAAAGAGCUUCUCAAUAUUUUUCUUUUAUUAAAUCCUCUUAUAAAAGCCAUGAGAAUGGAAGUCGUUUUUGUUAAUUAUUAAAUUCUAUCUAAUAAAAGUA